GAAGAAGAAUAAUCUGUCGCAGAAUAACACAAAAAACACACAGAGUCAUUCAAUAUUUAUUCCAUUCCCAUUUCCCCAACUUCUCCUCGCUCGCCAUUUCCCUUUCUUUCCCUGUCUCUGAAACUCUCAUCAAUCAAACGAUCUGAAUUGAAUUCCAACCGCAAACAGAGAAGAAGAAGAAGAAGAAGAUCGAAUUAGAAUGGGUUCGGUUCCUGCAGAACUGAGCUUAGACAUUAGAGCACCAACGCCACCACCCCCACCACCACCGUCAACACCGAGUUUCAUUCCCAAAACCAUAAGUGAUUUCCUCUCCGCGCUUUCAACCACGGGAAUCACAGCAUCUGAGAAGCAAUCCAGGAUCAACGGUUUCCUCUCUCACUUGGAAGACGAAUACAACAAGAUCCACGCCUUCAAGCGCGAGCUUCCUCUCUCCAUGCUCCUCCUCAGCGACGCAAUUGUGGCACUGAAAGAGGAUUUGGAGAAAUGCAGUGAAGGUGAGCGUAAAUCUGAGCCAGUGCUGGAAGUGUUCAUUCCUUUGAAGAGAGAGUUCGAUCAUAGCGAAGACGAUGAAGAACAUAAUAAUAAUAAUAAUAAUGAUAAUAACAACAACAAUAACAAUAUUCGGCAGGAGAAAGAAUGCAGAGAUAAGAUGAGUUGGAUGAGUUCCGUUCAGCUCUGGAACGCUUCUUCUUCAACCACACUUAACAAUAAUAAUAAUAAUAAUGCCUUUGAUAAUAAUCACAAACACCAUCACCAAAAUCAUCAUCAUAAAUUCGGAACAAAGAAGAAUCAGGAAUGUGUGGUUGAGAAUCCUUUUCAAUCUCAUAGCAAUGUUAGAAAUAAUGGAGGAAGAGGGUUUAUGCCUUUUACUUCAUACACUUCUUGUUCAGUGCCGGUCACUACUGUGGCGCUCUCUGCAACCAAAGAAGAGAAGGAAGAUAUUGGUGCUAUUAACAGGCUUCCUCUGUUGACCCCUGCUGCUGCUGGUGGUGGAGUGAAGACUCUCAGAGAAGGUUCUGGUUCGAGUGGAUCCAGAACCAGCUCCAACAACAGGCCGGUUUCCACGUCUUCUCCUCCGGCGGCUGCGCACCGCACUGCCAUGAUGCCUCUUCAGCCUCAGCAGACUGCAAGGAAACAGAGGAGGUGCUGGUCCCCGGAGCUGCACCGACGAUUUGUCAAUGCGUUGCAAAAGCUUGGUGGUUCUCAAGUGGCAACACCAAAGCAGAUUAGAGAACUCAUGCAGGUUGAUGGACUCACAAACGAUGAAGUGAAGAGCCAUUUACAAAAAUACCGGCUUCAUACAAGAAGAGUUCCAUCUGGAAGUGGUAACCAUAGUCAUAAUCAUAAUCAAUCUGUUGUAGUUCUUGGAGGAUUGUGGAUGUCACAAGGGCAAGAUCAGUGCAAUGACUCAUCAAAGGGUAGUAGCUCUGGUUCCGGUUCGCCGCAGAGCCCCCUGCAUUUAGCCACCAGAUCUCGGGGAGGAACGUCCCCGGCUGAGGCUGAUGACAGCAUGGAAGAUGAUGAAGAUGCAAAAUCAGAAAGCUAUAGCUGGAAAAGCCACACUCAUCACAAACAAGUAAAAGUUGUUGAUGUAUAGGAAAAAAGUAUACAAAAAAAGAGGAAAAAAUACUACUCUCCACCAUGAAUUUUGCAGAUAAAAGUAUACAUGGGAGGAGGUGAUUUUUACCACUAUAUAAGUUAAGAGAAUAAUACAUGACACGAUGAUAUAUAAAAGAAAAAAAAAAAAAGAAAAAGAGAAAUGGGGAGGAUCAACGGAGAGGCUAUUCGAACAUUUUUGAAGGCUUAGUUUUCCUUCUAUACUACUACUGCUACUUGAGGUUUUAUGAGACUUAAAAAUCCUUUUCCUCCACAUCAAGCAGUUCAUUCUUUCCCAAA